CUCGACACCCAAGACCAAUAUUUUGUGGGGCUUGGAGGGUUGCCAAAUGCGAAUGGCCAGAUGGAGUUCGACGCUGCUGUCAUGGAGGGCACGUCAAUGUCAUACGGUGCUGUGUUGGCAGGGAGUCGUGAAGGCUUUCUCAGCCGCUCGGGUGGUGAUGGAGCGCAGCCCACACAGCGUUCUUGCGGGUGAAGGGGCGACAACCUUUGCUGUUAGGAACGGCAUCGAGGCGGCAGAGACCCUUACCGAUGAUGCUAAACAGCAGUUUGAGAACUGGAGACGACAGCAUCAGGAGGAAGAAGGCUCGGAUCUGAGAGGAGAUUCACACGACACGGUCGGUGUCAUCUGCUUGGAUCACGACGGAAAUCUCUGUGCUGGAACGUCCACAUCGGGAUGGAAAUUCAAACACCCUGGUCGCGUGGGAGACGCCCCAGUUGUCGGUAGCGGGCUGUACUGUGACUCUACGGUGGGUGCUGCGGUGGCGACGGGGGACGGAGAGGAAAUUCUUCGCACCUGCUUGAGUUUUGCAGUUGUGGAGUUCAUGCGUGGAGGCGACUCCCCGCAACUCGCCUGCAAAAAAGGUAUCGCCAGGCUGGAGGAAACGGUUAAACGAUCGGCUGCCGGUCGCUCUGUGGAAGAGGUCAACCGGAUGCAUGGCCGUUUGACCGUGGCCGUCAUGGCCAUGAACCCCAAAGGGGAUAUCGGUGCGGCGUCAACACUUGGGCCAAGAAAUUUGCAUCGCGGGCGUCCAGCGUUUCCGCUGGCAAUAUGGAGGAAAGGCGACCCUGUUCAUGUGGUGGAAGAAACGGAAAUACCCUAAUUUGAGAGCCUACUGCAUAUGUGUCAUGUGUACCGACGUAUUCGAGCACUCUUAAGUGUCGCCAGGGGAAGCCGUUCUACGUUCCAAUUUAGAGUUACAUGUAUUUCAGCGGACACAACAGGGCCCGACAACAAGUUCAUUGACAUCAAUACGAUCCGAGUGA